AUGGGUGUUCGUCUUCCUGGAACUGUCCUUGCCAAGCAAAUUCUAUGCCGAUCUUUUCUAACUACAAAUCAGACAACAUUAAUAUCUGCAGAAGUACCGAAAGGCUUUCUGGCUGUUUAUGUUGGACAAACUGAGAAGAAGAGAUUUAUGGUACCUGUAUCCUAUUUGAAUCAGCCUUCAUUUCAAGCUCUACUACGAAAAGCUGAAGAAGAGUUUGGCUUUGAUCAUCCAACGGGUGGCUUGAUAAUUCCUUGUAGAGAAGAGAUUUUGUUGGAUGUUAUUUCUCAGUUGAAGAGAUCAUAA